UAUAUCAGAGGCUGUCGUCAUGGGACAAGGGUUGCAGCUCAAGGGGCACCCGCUUGCUUCGCGUUGAGGAAGCAUAUUGUUGCAAGCUUUAUAGGCUUGGUCAACGGUGCACAGAAUGGCAGCGAUACCAAAAUGUACAUGUUUCUUUAUAAUGCUUGUAGCCCUCGGCAUUAAUGGCUUUGUUAUCCUUGGCCGCCGAGGGCAGCCGAAUAGUAACGCCAACACACAGCCGGAGGACCCAUACAGAGUUAUGGCUGACCUGGUCUUGCCGCACGGCUACCCUCUUACGGAGCACUUCGUGGUAACGACUGACGGCUACAUCCUGCGACUCUUCCGGCUAGGACCCAAGCCCAGCCAGCACUCCAGCUCCUCCUCGGCAAGCACUCCAGCCAUCACCAGCUCCUCACCGGGGCAAUCCCAGCAGUCGGGCGAGCAGCCCCCUCACCCGCACCUCCUGCCAGGGGCUGCAGCCACGGCCGACGUGUGUUCCCGUCCCGUCGUCUUCCUGCAGCACCCGCUGAUGGGCAGCUCGGUGGACUAUGUGGUGCUGGGCCCGGGGCGCAGCCUGGGCUUCAUGCUGGUGGAUGCGGGCUAUGACGUGUGGUUGACCAACGUGCGCGGCAACCGCUUCUCCCGCAACCACACGCGGCUGGACCCCGACUCGCCCGCCGACGUGGCCGCCUUCUGGGCCUUCAGCUGGGACCAGCACGUGGCCCUGGACCUGCCCGCGGCGGUUGAGCGUGUGGCGGCACACACCGGCUGCCAGCGCAUGAUGUUCGUGGGGUACUCGCAGGGCACCACCAUCGGCCUCGCGGCGCUGGCCACUCAGCCCCGAGUGGCCAGCCGGGUGGCGGCGGCGGUGCUGCUGGCGCCGGUGGCCUUCGUGACGCACAUGAACAGCGCGCCCUUCCGACUCAUGGCGCUUGUGAGGGUGGAGAAGCUGUUCAACUGGCUGGGUCUGCACGAGUACGCGGCGCACGUGCCCUGGUUCGCGGACAAGGCGGCUCGCUUCUGCACGCGCUGCCCGCGCCUGUGCGCCGCCUACCUCUUCCUGCUGUGCGGCGCCAACCCGCGCGGCGGCAACCUGGAUCCCGGAGUCGUGCCCGCCAUCAUGCACUACCUGCCCAGUGGAACCAGCGUGCAGAACAUGGCGCACUGGGGGCAGUUGGUUCGCUCCGCCAACCGCACCCGGCUGUCAUACUACGACUACGGAACUGAGUGCGGCAACGAGACUGCUGCAGGUGCGCUCACCACACCAGCAGGGAGAGAAACACGGUAUACUGCACAGCCGCUGGAUGCAUGCUUCCGGUUCCGCACGCACCACUAGCCCGCUGGAUUGAUGCCAUCACAACCAAGACCAAGCAACACACCCUCAACCACAUGUAGAUGCCCUUGUCACGAUUCCUUGUCAUCCUCCAACCGAUACAGACACCGCCUCGGAGGGCAGCGCUCCCAAGACCGGCGGGCAGCACGCAUGCAACCAGCAGGCGUACCACUCCCCCGGGGUGCCCGAGUACUCACUGGGCGCCGUUGCCACUCCCCUGGCGCUGUUCACGGGCGGCCGCGACAGGCUGGCCGACCCGUGGGACAGCGAGCUGCUUCUGGCGGCGCUGCGGCCCGGCGGCAUGGUGCAGCUGCACCAUGAUGAGCCCGACUACGGCCACCUCGAUUUUGGUGUGGGGCACGACGCGGCGGAUCGCAUCUACCCCCUCGUACUGGACUUUUUCCGCAAACACACGCCAGCAGCUGUCGUUCUAGCAGCAGGUUCUGGCGAUGCUAACCCAGCUGCUGCGGCAUGAACGACAAUCGUUUGAAGAGCCGUGCAGGAUGGCUUGCUGGGGCACAUAGAGCCUGCGUCUGGGUCUGGUUGAUCACAAUUCCACGUGAUCUGCAACUAAAUGAACAUCCAACCUAUGUACUGCGUAGCACCGUGAGCUGCUCCCAGGCGGUUGCAGUGUCGGGUUGUGCGGUACCGACGUAAUUACCGCGUACCUAAGUGACUAUUAAUGGCUGUCCAACUUAUAUAUGGACACCAUUCGUGACGUACUCACGCUUUUUUGUAUACUUCAAUGAGUGGUAAGUCAGGAUUUAUGUAUACCGCCUCUUCUUAACACUUGGCUGCGCGCCGAUACUGCCCUUUGCGUCCGUCCUUGCUACUGAGAUCGCCUUUUCUCCCUCUUGCGCUACUAAAUUGAUGAUAACGUGGGUUUGGUACGUAGCAAUGGCAUGACGGCUUCACAUUUACGGCUCCUGCUGGAAUAAUGUCAUGACGGUGUGUACGUACGGAAGUUCGUUGGUGGUGUGUGAGAUACGUACACAGCAGUUGGCGCACCUGAUUGAAAGGCCGCCAACAUUGAGACUGCUUUCGUUAUCUGUGGCUGGCUGCUGACCCCGUGACUACGUUUUAGGACAUCAAAAAGCACUGCUUAGCGCGCGUUUACAGCUUUGUACUCUUAUAUACGUGGGAUGGUGGGUAGGAAGCUCGGCUGGCGAGUUGACAUGGUACGGCCCACGAGAACGUGAGGCCGGGUGAGAAUGGUGUUUGCCAAUCCUGCUGUGAUAAAUUGCAAGACGACCUGGAUUAGAGUAGGAUCUAGGAUGCCAACCACAAUGGCGGGCGCUAUGAGUGACCCAUGGGUCACACUGACCGUCACAGCUCCUAGUGGUCCACAGUACAAUGGUUUAUGCCAUCUCCCUUAUUUCGUUCCACUAAGUAAACUUUAUGUUCGUAUGCUG